AUGUAGACUUGAUUUUGUUUGAUACCCUUUUUGUAAGUCUACUAAUUUCUUCUUCUUCUUCUUCUUUUUUUUUUUUUUAAAAAAAAAUAAUAUAAAAGUUUCAUUUCAUUGUAUAUUGUAUCUAUUCCAAAUCAUAUAUAAAUUUUCAAGAAAUUUUAAAUAAUUUACUGUACCAAAUUUUUUUUAUGUUUGAACUUUAAUUUUAAAAUUGUAAAUUAAUCAUAAUUUUAUGAAAAUUUAGUUUCGUCUUAAAAAGUUAUAACGUGUAGUAUCAUGAAAUGAUAAUAAUAGCUUAAAAAGCUUCUUUGAAUAUUGAAGUUAAUAGAGAAGUACUGAAAUAAUUUUUUUCCAAAGUGUACUAUAAAUUUUUUAUAUUUUAUUCACAAUUUUAUGACCUAAAGUAUUUAUUUAUAAAAAUAAGCUUUUAAAAUUUUAAAAUUAUAAAAAUAUAUUUCUCUAGCAAAAAGUAAAAUUAUAACUAAAAAAACAACCAUAAAUCAUAUAUAAAUACAAUUUAUGACAACUAUAAUUCAACUGUGAAUAAAUAUUAAAACAACUUAAAAAAUAAUUUAUUGUUGUUAGUAAGUACGUUUUUUGUAAAUAAAAAAAAUUAAAGCGUUAAAAUCAAAUUUUUUUCAUGUUAUCAUCUUUUGUAUCUUUUUUAAAAUUUUGGUUUAUUAUUUAAAAAAUUCUAAAUUGUUCCAUUAAUAAUAUUUAUUUUGUGUUGAUAUUUAUUAUGUUUUUACAAAAGGGUUCGUUUCAUUUGAUAUCAACAACUUUAUUAGUUGUAUAAAAGGGUUCACAGCUCUUUAUAACACUUUCGGCUGCUGGAAGAACCUGAUUUUAAGAUUCUUGUUCUUCCCAGCAAAUUCAAAUUAUUUUUAUAAUUAAAUCAAACCUUUAAAGAAAUUCUCUUGGUAGAAGAGCUUCCUUUCUAAGUUGUAAUUCCCACUAUACCCUUUUGCAAAGCUCAGGAGAGGAGAAAGACGAGACUUUUGGGAAAAUCACUUUCUUUCUUUUUUUCUCUCUCGAUUUCAACAAUCUUUGGUGUUAGAAGUUUCUUUUUUUAUUUUAAUUCCUGGGUUUUCUGAUUUGGAAGAAGAAGAAGAAGAAAAAAGUAUGCUUUGUCGAAUGGUUUUGGUACAGAGGAAGAAGAAUACUGGGAAAGUUCCGGUGUACCUGAAUGUAUACGAUCUUACUCCCAUAAAUGGCUACGCCUACUGGCUUGGUCUUGGAGUUUAUCAUUCUGGUGUUCAAGUCCAUGAUGUUGAAUAUGCAUUCGGAGCCCAUGACCAUGCAACAACUGGAAUUUUCGAAGUGGAACCUAAGGUUUGUCCAGGUUUCACAUUCAGAAAAUCUAUUCUGAUUGGUAGAACAGAUCUUGGGCCAAAAGAUGUCCGUACAUUAAUGGAGAAAUUAGCAGAAGAGUAUUCUGGUAAUACUUAUCAUCUUAUCACCAAGAACUGUAAUCACUUUUGUAACGAUGUGUGUCUCAGAUUAACAGGGAAGCCUAUCCCUCGUUGGGUCAACAGACUUGCUCGACUUGGCCUUUUCUGCAAUUGUGUUCUUCCCGCUGGUUUGAACGAAACAAAGGUUCGCCAAGUAAGAUCAGAUGGAGUUUGUGACAGCCAGAAGAAGAAAAUGAGGAGCCAUUCAAGUAGGUUUCCCCCAUCUACUCGUCAAUCAUCAUUAUCGUCAACUUCAUUGUCUUCGACACCUGCUACUUCUGGAGACGGCAAUGGCUCUGCAUCCAGAAGUAGUAGGCAAAAACGUUGCAUACCACCUUCAUCUUCUUUGAUUCAUUCUUCUUCAACCUCAGCUUUGUCAUUGAAGCUUUGAUACCUACUCACAUGGAUUUAAAAAGUUCUAGAAUUUUACAUUUUGAAUCAAUAGAUGGGACUUCUUCUUGACCCCAUUUUGUAUCUGGUUUUUAUGCUAAUCUUUUUCUUUUUUCACUUUAAGGUUGUUUAAAAAAAGGCUGCUUAGAAAUCAUUGCAGCGUUUUUCUUUCUCUGUAAAAUGCAUCACUGUUAUUUUUUUCUCUGGUUGUAUGAUGAUGAUGAUGAGAACUAGUAGUGUUUGCUCAAAUGUGUUUGGUGGUGGACUGGUGGUGCUGCUUAAACAGAGAGAUUAAGUUUGGCAGUGAAGUCUCUGUUGUAUAUGUUUUGUACAUUAUAUUAUAAUAAUUCAUAUGCACAAUACACUUCUUAAUUUA